CCAAAACAAAUGGAAACUCUCCACCGAUCCACACUUCGCCUCGUCCCCUUAUCUCUGCCUGCAUUAUCCCAAACACGACCGGCCACCCGGAAAUUCCAUAGAUUCCGACCACCCAUUUCUAUUCUGAAUCCGGAACCGGCCUUCCUCACCUGCUUAACGAGCCGCACAAGUUACAGCUCAUCUCCUUCUCCGGUUGCCAGAGCUGGUUGGUUUCUGGGCCUCGCAGAGAAGAAGAAGGGCAUGAGCCUGCCUGAUAUAGUCAAAGCUGGAGACCCGGUUCUGCAUGAACCGGCCCGAGAGGUUGAGGUUGGGGAUAUCGGGUCGGAGAGGAUUCAGAAGAUUGUUGAUGAUAUGGUUAAGGUGAUGAGGAAGGCUCCUGGGGUUGGUCUUGCUGCUCCUCAGAUUGGAGUUCCCUUAAGGAUCAUAGUCUUGGAAGAUACAAAGGAAUAUAUUAGUUAUGCACCCAAGGAUGAGAUUAAAGUUCAAGAUAGGCGGCCUUUCGAUCUUUUGGUUAUUAUCAACCCAAAGCUUCGAAAGAAGAGCAACAGGACUGCAGUAUUCUAUGAAGGCUGCUUAAGUGUUGAUGGAUUCAGAGCAGUGGUAGAAAGAUAUCUUGAUGUCGAAGUUUCAGGUCUCGACCGCAAUGGCCAACCCAUCAAAAUAGAUGCUUCAGGUUGGCAGGCUCGUAUUUUGCAGCACGAGUGUGAUCAUUUGGAAGGAACUAUUUAUGUUGAUAAGAUGCUCCCUAGAACAUUUAGAACUGUUGAAAACUUGGACUUGCCUCUUGCUGAGGGGUGUCCAAAGCUUGGAUGUCGGUAGCUUAUAUUGAACAUGGACUUGGAUAAAACAGAAUUUUGUGAUAAAGGUGCUAUCUGAUUUAAGCAAUUGAUUAUGGGACUCUUGGUGAAAUUGAUUGUUUGGGAUCAAUCUAAUAGUUCACCAUCUGGUUUA